GAGCAGUUUUUUAAUAGUGAUGAAGAUUUUAUUGAACUUUAUUUAAAGGAAAAAUGCAAAUUAUCCUCAAAUAAAAUUGAUGCUUUACGAGAAAGAAAGUUUAUAAUUAUUUUAGAUGGCUAUUAUGAGAUUAUUGAACGUGAACGUCAUUGCUACAUUCAAAAUAAAUUUUGUGAAUGGAAAAAUGCAAAAAUUAUUAUUAGUUGUCGAACAGAGUAUUUGGGUAAAGGUUACCAAAAAAGAUUCUUUCCCAAAAAUGGAGAAAAGGGAUUUCAAGAAUUGAAAAUUAAAGCAUUUUCUGAGAAAGAAGUAAAUCAAUACAUUAUAAAAUAUGUUCAGGAAAAAGGUCAUCUGCUAAAUUUGAGUAAAAAUAUAUGUCUACAGCAAAUAAAAAAGAUACCAGAAGAGUUAGUUAGCAAUCCAUUUCUGUUAAAGAUUACUUUGAGUGCUUUACCACGCUUUAUAGAACAAGAGAAAACAACCCGAAUAAGUCGUAUAGAUUUAUAUAAUGAAUUUUUAAAAUCAUGGUUUGACCGUGCGCAAGAGCGUUUGCGUAAAAUUCAAUUGACAGAUGAAGAAAGAAGUAAAUUUAGAAACUUAGAUGACGAUGACUUUUCAGAAUCUUGUCUACAAUUUAGUAAAAAUUUCGCUAUUGAAAUGUUUAUUGAUGAUAAUAAGGUAGUUAUAACACGUGAUGCAAAUUGGAAAAAAUUUUUAAGCAAUGAAGAUAUUGGGAAUUCAUUGUUGCGCUUUAGUAUACCAUUAAUUCGACAUGAAAACCAAUAUUGGUUUAUUCAUAAAACCUUGCGAGACUAUUUGAUUGCACUGGCAUUGCUGGAAUCAUGUGAAGCUGCAUCAAAUAUAGAACUCUUCAACAAGCAAUCAUUUGUGUCAGAGCAUGGUGUUCGACAAUUUUUAGCUGAACAUAUUUCGCAAAAAACUGAAACUUUCAAACCACAGCUACUAGCUUUUAUUGAAGCUUCAAAAGAGAAUGAAGUUCAAAUUGCUUCUGCUAAUGCUAUUACAAUUCUAACGCAAGUUGGUGUGUUAUUGAAAAAUUUAAAUGGUUGUAAUAUUUCAGGGGCAGAUCUAAGCAAUGGGAAGUUUAAUAAUUUGCAGGCAGUAAAAGCUAAGUUAAAUAAUGUAAAUUUCGAAAAUAUAGAACUUAAAAAUGCAAAUCUUCAAGAUUCAUUUCUACAAGGUGCAAAUUUUCAAAAUGCAGAGCUUCAAGAUGCAAAUCUCCAAAAUUCAUUUCUCCAAAAUGCAUAUUUUAAAGACACAGACCUCUCAUUUGCAGAUAUUCAGAAUACGAUUCUUCAAGAUGUGCAGUUUACGAAUGUGAAAUUUAAACAUGCAAUGCUUCAAAAAGCAAAUCUUCAAGGUUCAUCCCUCCAAAAUGCAUAUUUUGAAGAUGCAGUUCUCUCAUCUGUGAAUAUUCAAAAUACGAAUCUUUAUAAUGUGAAUUUUGAGAAUGCGAAGUUUCAAAAUGCGAAUCUUCAAAAUGUGACUUUUUGGAAUGCGGAGCUUCGAAAUACA